UUUUAUUUCUUUUCAAACAUAAUUUUGUUGACUGUUAUAAUUAUCGUGUUAUGAUUUUAAAAUUUUAUUUAAACCCAUCACUUGAUUAACGCCGUAUCUUACUCAAUUGUACAAUUACUUUUUAUCGACUGUGCAUAUAAUACAAUUCGAUCAAGUUCCGUAAUGUCUUAAUAGAGUACGUGGUGGAUACAAUUUAAAUAGAAUGAAAGCGGAUGAAUUAGAAUCGUUACAUCUUCCUUCGAGGAGUCAUAGUAGCAGAUUUGAAAGUCCAGUUUCAUCAAAAUUUAAGCUCAGCAGCACAGGAAAGACGCGCAAGAUUGCCGGCAAAAACCUAACCUCAGUUAUUUUACAAAAUCGUCAGACUUAUCGCAUAAUAGAAGAUGAUGUCGAUGUUACUCCAAAAUUAUUAACCCAUCAAAUUUAUAGUUCAAUCGAUGAAAAGCAAAUAACUGCAUUUGAAACAAUUGGAUUGUCUCAAAUUGUCAGCAUUGGACAACUAUCUAUCAUUUCCGGUAUAAGAAGUGCAUCUGCAAUUAUCAGAACAUCCUCGCUUCCUUCUGGAACUGUAGUAGGUGAUGAUGUGUUAUUUGAAAGUUUAUUAUCUACUCAAAUUGAUGAAUAUAUAUAUGAAAAAGAAGAAGCUCCUCCUCAAUUUUAUCUACCUAGACCCUCGGGUAGCUGAUUUACAUACACCGGAAGGUAUAAAAGUUCAAAAAGAAAAUGAGAAUUACGAAUAUAAAACAAUUGGACCUGGUUCACAUAGAAAAUUAGUAGAG